UAGAUGCACAGUGCAAGUGAAGUCCCUCCUUCAGAAGAUUCAAAAUAGCUGACACUGCAGAAGUGGCCACCUGCAGCAGCAUCCUUGUGCAACAAGUUUUGUGACAUCAGGUUCAGAGGAAGAGCGACUCGCGGACAAAAAGGGAUCAGACCCAGCUCCGAAAGACAUACACAUUUAUGGAGCAAAUUAAUGAGACGCUCAGCAGCAACUCCACUGCCUGUCCGUCCAUCGACGACUUCCGUAAUCAGGUUUACACCACGUCCUACUCCAUCAUCACCGUCUUCGGCCUGGUCGGGAAUGGCUUGGCCCUGGUGGUGCUGAUCAAAACGUACCGGCAGAGUUCCCCUUUCCACGUCUACAUGCUGAACCUGGCCGUGUCCGACCUGCUGUGUGUCAGCACUCUGCCUAUGAGGGUGCUCUACUACGUGAACAAGGGCCAGUGGAACCAGGGCGAUUUCCUGUGUCGCAUCAGCUCCUACGCCCUCUACGUCAACCUCUACUGCAGCAUUUACUUUAUGGCCGCCAUGUCCGUCACACGCUUCCUGGCCAUUGUCUUCCCCGUGCGGAACCUUCACCUGGGGACAGUGAGCCGUGCACGUCUGGCGUGUCUGAGCAUUUGGAUUUGUAUCUGUCUUGCCUCUUCCCCCUUUUUGAUGUUAGGCCAGAAAUUUGAUCCUGUGACCAACAAAACAAAAUGCUUUGAGCCUCCGCAAGGUCAAGGCGUGUCCGCACUUGUAGUGCUGAACAAUUUUUCUUUGGUGGCGGGUUUUCUUCUGCCCUUUCUGGUCAUACUGUUCUGCUAUGCCGGGAUUAUCCGAACCCUACUUACCCGCGCUCCACUGGCUAGGUGCCACCAGGGCACGCGCUCUAAAUCGAUUAGUAUGAUCGUGAUCAUCCUUUUGACGUUCUUGAUAAGCUUCAUGCCGUACCACGUCCAGCGCUCCGUCCACAUUCACUCCCUGUCCCGCACGGACACUCAUUGCACGGAAAGGGUUGCCAUGCAGAAGUCAGUCGUGGUGACUCUGUGCCUGGCAGCAGCCAAUUCAUGCUUUGAUCCGCUGCUGUAUUUUUUCUCAGGGGAAGGUUUCCGCGGCCGCCUGUCGUCCAUGCGCCUCUAUCGGUCGACCAGCUCCCAGACACGCUCAGUUAGACUAAAUUCUGCUGGUUUACAGAACCGAAACAACCGACAGCAAAGUGCCACGUCGUUAAUACAAAUUAGCAGCACUGUAAAAUAAAGGCAAAAAAAAGUAAUUAAAAAACAAUAAUAUAUAUAUAUAUAUAUACAAACCCCGUUUCCAUAUGAGUUGGGAAAUUGUGUUAGAUGUAAAUAUAAAUGGAAUACAAUGAUUUGCAAAUCCUUUUCAACCCAUAUUCAGUUGAAUGUACUUCAAAGGCAAGAUAUUUGAUGUUCAAACUCAUAAACUUUUUUUUUUUGCAAAUAAUAAUUCACUUGGAAUUUCAUGGCUGCAACACAUGCCAAAGUAGUUGGGAAAGGGCAUGUUCACCACUGUGUCACCUCUUCUUUUAACAACACUCAAAAAACUUUUGGGAACUGAGGAGACACAUUUUUUAAGAUUUUCAGGUGGAAUUCUUUCCCAUUCUUGCUUGAUGUACAGCUUAAGUUGUUCAACAGUCCGGGGUCUCUGUUGUCGUAUUUUAGGCUUCAGAAUUUUCAAUGGGAGAAAGGUCUUGACUACAGGGAGUCUAAUACACCCGCACUUUUACUAUGAAGCCAUGCUGUCGUAACACGUGGUGUGGCAUUGUCUUGUUGAAAUAAGCAGGGGCGUCCAUGACAACUUUGCUUGAAUGGCAGUAUACUGUAUGUUGCUCCAAAUCCUGUAUGUACCUUUCAGCAUUAAUGGUGCCUUCACAGAUGUGUAAGUUACCCAUGCCUUGGGCACUAAUGCACCCCCAUACCAUACCAGAUGCUGGCUUUUGAACAUUGCACCUAUAACAAUCCAGAUGGGUCUUUUCUUCUCUUUUCCCGAAGACACAAAUGUCUACAAUUUCCAAAAAUAAUUUGAAAUGUGGAUUCGUCAGACCACAGAACACUUUUCCGCUUUGCAUCAGUCCAUCUUAGAUGAUCUCGGGCCUAGUGGAGCCGGCGGCGUUCCUUGGUCUUGUUGAUGAAUGGCUUUCGCUUUGCAUAGUAGAGCUUUAACUUGCACUUACAGAUGUAGCGACAAACUGUAUUUAGUGACAGUGGUUUUAUGAAGUGUUCCUGAGCCCAUGUGGCGAUAUCCUUUAGAGAUUGACGUCGGUUUUUGAUACAGUGCCGUCUGAGGGAUCGAAGGUCACGGUCAUUCAAUGUUGGUUUCCGGCCAUGUUGCUUAUGUGGAGUGAUUUCUCCAGAUUCUCUGAACCCUUUUGAUGAUAUUAUGGACCGUAGAUGUUGAAAUCCCUAAAUUUCUUGCAAUUGCACUUUGAGAAAGGUUGUUCUUAAAUUGUUUGACUAUUUGUUCACGCAGUUGUGGACAAAGGAGUGUACCUCGCCCCAUCCUUUCUUGUGAAGGCCUAAACAUUUUUUGGGAAGCUGUUUUUAUACCCAAUUAUGGCACCCACCUGUUCCCAAUUAGCUUGCAUACCUGUGGGAUGUUCCAAAUAAGUGUUUGAUGAGCAACUUUAUCAGUAUUCAUUGCCACCAUUCCCAACUUCUUUGUCACUUGUUGCUGGCAUCAAAUUCUAAAGUUGAUCAUUAUUUGCAAAAAAUAUAUAUUUAUCAGUUUGAACAUCAAAUAUGUUGUCUUUGUAGCAUAUUCAACUGAAUAUAAGUUGAAAAGGAUUUGCAAAUCAUUUUAUUCCGUUUAUAUCUACAUCAAACACAAUUUCCCAACUCAUAUGGAAAAGGGGUUUGUACAUGUAGCUAAGCUACGUAGCUUAGCUACAUUUUCUAGUCACUUGGCGGUAGCUUAGCUACUUUUUAACGAGUAACUAUUUCUGUAGCUUAGCUACAUUUAGACCCUUGUAGCUAGGUAGUUUACAUCAAAGCUACAAUAUUAUAAUAUAUUAUAUUUACAUCUUAAACAAUUUCCCAACUUAUAUGGA